AUGUACGAAAUCAGGCCUCAUCAAAUCCUCGCAUCGGCGUACGCCAUGAUCGUCCUCACCGGCAUCGCCAUCAUAUCACGCUUCUUUCUUCGUGGCCUGCGCAGAGAUCCCUUCCGGCCCGAAGACGGCUUUAUGCUUUUCGCAUUUGUGACAUUCUGCGUCCUGGCCACAAUAACCAUAGUGGUGGUGCCCGUUGCAUAUCAAAUCAUAGCCGUGAGCUAUCAUCUCAGGCCGAUAUAUAAUGGCUUCAGUUUUGUGGUCGGUGAAAUUGUCGUUAUUAUUACUUUCGAAGAGGUUGCUGUAUCAGCAGCAGGAGUGGAUGAGGCGUUGGUGACUUAUCUUGGAAAUUGGGUUUCUACAUUGACUUCAUGUGUCCCGAUUCAAGACUAUUUCAAGCCGGGUGGUUGCAACAGCGAUCGAGACGUUAAGGCACAAAUCGCAAACCUGUACUACGUCGUGGUAACAGAAAUCCUUACAGAUAUAUUGAUGUCGAUUGCGUCAGGUGCGCUCGCCGCAAAGCGACCAUUCAGUAUCCACGACGAUGUACUUGCAUAUCCACAGUACAAAGUCUCGUUUCCCGAAGAAUACGUUCUAGAAACCGAAGCCAACAUAAUCCUCCAGCUACAAAAAGAUAGCUCAUCCACAGAUGCACCCUCCUCAAACAUCGCCUCCGAUAAACGAGAUCUGCAACGCCAUGCAUCACAACGACCCAUAGGCGGCUGGAAAACAACUGGAAAGAAAGAAAAAGCAGAACUGGAUUGGGAUCCCGAGCUUUCGCUGAAAUAUUUCAGCUAUGAAGAGAUGAAACUCGAUGGGUUACGAUAUUUGUGCAAUAUUCCGAGAGUGAACAAUGGACCGGAGAACGAGACAACGACUGAUAAAACAGAUGGAGGCGAUGGACCUCGAAAUCAAACGCAGGACGAACAUGAGAUUGCUCGCGCCACGGAUCGAGGGUUAGAGUUGCUAAAAGAAAUGGAGGACACGUGUAUGUAUUACGUUUCGGGAUGGUGGUCGUAUUCGUUCUGCUACAAGAAGCAGGUCAAGCAGUUUCACGCCAAGUCUGGCCCGGGUGUACCCAACUACCCGCCUAUAGAAGACCAGACCAGCCACUCAUUCGUUCUGGGAAAGUUUCAGCAUGAUGACGAAGAGUCUGAGGCCGAUGCUGGUAGUAGCAGCAAAUCUGCAAAGGCGAGUACUGCCGAAUUACAAACCAAAGGCGAAUCAAGAUAUCUUGUGCAAAGACUGUCUGGUGGGACGGUCUGUGAUCUGACCGGCGCUGAGCGCAAGAUUGAAGUGCAAUUUCACUGCCAUCCUCAAUCUACAGAUCGAAUCGGAUGGAUCAAGGAACUGACAACCUGCUCUUAUCUGAUGGUGAUCUACACGCCACGCUUGUGCCACGAUGUUGCAUUCCAGUUGCCUCAAUUUGAAGAUACACAUUCUAUUCAGUGUCGAGAGAUACUUGCACCGGAUGAAAUUGCAGAUUUUGAUGCCAUGAAAGCUCAUCACGAUCAGCAAAAACUCAUCAAUGCUGACACCGAAGAAGCUCAAUUCGUUGGAGGCAUUGAAGUUGGCGCAAAGAAGGAAGUCGGGUCCGAGGGCAAAGAGAUCGAAAAAGGCCGCAUGGCUAGAAUUGGCGAAGAGACUGUUCAAAUUAUCGCUAAGCGAGAAGAUGGAGAGCUAAUGCAAUUAUCGAAUAAGGAUCUCAUGAAACUCAAUGUGAAUCCUGAAAAGGUAGAGGGCUUUGCGAAACAGUUGGAUGAGAAGACUAAAGGUGGUGAUUGGAGGCUGGAAAUUGUGGAAAGCAAUGGGGAGACUAGCUAUCGGGCAAUCAUCAGCGCGGGUGAUGAAGACGAUGAUGACCAUGCGGAUGGAGAGAAGAAAGAGGACAAAGAAGCGACUAAAGAACAGGCACCUCUUGCAAAGGAGAAGGAGGAUGAAACUGCACCUCCAGACGAGGAGAGAGGCAGUGAGGAGACAUAUAAAGACGAACUAUGA